CAUCCUCAAUUUUCUCAUUUCCAGGCCCGAUUUCACAUCAUUUCCUCCUGAACUUUUACCAUAACUACAAAUAUCGUUAUACUUUUCUUGUACCAAAUGCCUCAUAACUCUCUUUCUUGAUUCCUGAAAAUAUGAAGUUGGAGUUCUUUAAUUUUAUCUUCCUAAUUCUUACAACGAUUCUUGUCCGGUAUACGCCGGCAGCCGCCUGGUGCAACCACGCCUGCGGCGGCCGGAAACUCCCCUUCCCUUUCGGCUUCUCUCCCGGCUGUCCAAUCCAGCUGAACUGCACCUCCAAUGGCACAAUUCUCGCCGCCGAGUUCCCGGUGCAGUCCGUCAGCGUUGACACCAUUCUGGUCAACCUUCCCCCCAUGUGCGGCCGCCCUGUGGAGGCGCUCCGCCGCCUCUUCACCUCUAACUUCGCCCCGACGUCCCACAACGCGAUCCUUCUGCAGAACUGCAGGAACUCCAGCAGCGGGUGUUUCAUUCCAUCGACGAUGGUGCAGACCCACUUCGAGCUGCUCGAAUGCGAGGUCAAGAACGAUAGCAUCAGCUGCUAUUCGGAGACUAAUAAUGCGACCUCGUUUAUUGACUACAACAACCUGACGCGGAGCGGCUGUCGGUCACUGUUCUCGGCGAUAUCGAUGGAGUCGUUCGCGAACAGUUCGUCGGUCUCGCUGGAUGUUCAGAUUGUGAGAGUGGGGUGGUGGCUUCACGGGGCCUGCCGGUGCUCGGAGAACGCGAAGUGCAUUCCUGUUACACCGCCGGCGGAGGGAAGCUCGCCGGCGUAUCGGUGUGAGUGCUUGGAGGGCUUCGCCGGAGAUGGGUUCCGCGACGGGCUGGGCUGCCGGAAAGAAUCUUUGGGAUGUAACCCGUCCAAGUACUUAUCGGGCGAAUGUGGAGGAACAACAAGAGUUGGUGUCUUAGUAGGAGGUGUAGCCGCAGGAGCUUCAUUGAUGAUCGGUUUAGGUCUGGUUAUCUGUUUCAUUCGGAAGAGAUCGAAAUUGAGGAGCAGAAGCAGAAAAAGCCGUCAAUUGUGCGAAACAACAGGCAUAACUGUUCCUAUAUAUCCCUACAAGGAAAUGGAGAAAGCCACAGAUUUCUUCUCAGAGAAACGAAGGCUCGGAAACGGCGCUUAUGGGACCGUCUACUCGGGCAAACUGAACAACGACGAAUGGGUUGCUAUCAAGAGAAUCAGGCACAGAGAUUCGGGUAGCAUCGAACAAGUCAUCAAUGAGAUCAAGCUCCUUUCCUCAGUCAGCCACCCGAACCUCGUCAGGCUCCUAGGGUGCUCCAUUGAAAAUGACGAACAGAUUCUCGUCUAUGAGUUCAUGCCUAAUGGGACAUUAUCUCAGCACCUGCAAAGAGAAAAAGGCAGUGCACUUCCCUGGCCGGUUCGCCUGACGGUCGCUGCUGAAACGGCUCAGGCAAUCUCCUAUCUUCAUAAUGCCAUGCACCCUCCUAUUUACCACAGGGACAUAAAAUCCAGCAACAUACUCUUGGACUACAACUUCAAAUCCAAAGUAGCUGAUUUCGGGCUCUCGAGACUAGGGAUGGCGGAGUCAUCCCACAUCUCGACUGCACCUCAGGGUACUCCCGGAUACCUCGACCCUCAAUACCAUCAGCAUUUCCAUUUGUCCGACAAAAGCGACGUCUACAGCUUCGGAGUGGUGCUUAUAGAGAUCAUAACCGCAUUGAAAGUGGUAGACUUUAGCCGGCCUCAGAACGAAGUGAAUUUGGCGGCUCUCGCCGUUGACAGGAUCGGGAGAGGGCAUUUGGACGAGAUCAUCGAUCCGUUCCUCGAAACAACAGACGAUGCUUGGACACUUUUGUCCGUGCAAAAGGUGGCUGAAUUGGCAUUUAGGUGCCUUGCCUUUCACAAGGAUAUGAGGCCCUCCAUGAUGGAAGUUGCCAUAGAAUUGGAACAAAUUAGGCUAAGUAAGUGGACAAACUCGGACACAAGCAUUGCCGGGUCAUCUGAAGCAUCGUCUCGCUCAUCAUCCUCUAACUUAAGCGAUAAACCAUUGAACGUGACGGUUAAAAAGCACAAAUUUGGCAGCGUCGGUCUGUUUAGCAGCACGACUUCAUUGGACACGACUGAUUUAUCGCCUGUAUCGGCAGACGAUUCAUGGCAAAGUGAUCAGAGCUCACCUUCAUCAAAUAGUUUGCUGAACAGUGUUAUCCGGUAAACUGAAACCGCUCAUUCGAUUUCGGCCUUAAAACGUCUGCAUCAAGCAGACGCAGGACUGUGUUUUCCGGGGUUGUAGAGGACAAACAAACAAGCAAUGUGAGUAGUUGGCCAAUGUUGAUAGGCGUUUGUUAGCAUAAUCUGCAAUAUAAAAUUGCGUCUUGCAAGUAUUCUUGACUGCAGACGAUACUGUUAAUACACUACAACCUUUUCUACCUCUGUUUUUUGGAGCAAUCCAGAAAGGGGAAUGGGUUUCCUCUAAUUUGGUGAUGUUCGAAAAUGUCUACAUUUCCCAUAUCCAGAUUGAGGUUUGAUGUGGAUAACUUUUGUACAUGGUAAGUAACAGUGGUUUAUGUGCAGACUCCAUUUCUGAUGAUCAAUCCGAAUUGCUAUUGCAUCUUGUAUUGUA